AUGAAGAACCACCUUUGCUGCUCAGCUCUUGUUCUUCUCACGGUGUUUGGCUGUCGUGAAACUGCAGCUGUGCAGUGUCAGUGGGAAGUAGGGUGUAUGUGUCUUGAAUGCCCCGCCGGCCAAGAACCUUCAAAACCUUGUGGUCAGAUCCAGAGUCGGACAGAGGAAGUGCAGUGUCGUUCAUGCCAGACAGGAACCUUCUCAGACUCAUUAGACUCUGAAGUGUGUCGUCCACACUCUUCCUGCAAGCUCCGUGGGAGAACACUUGUCGUCUCUGGCUCUGCAAACUCUGAUGUAGUGUGUGGAGACUGUCUGCCUGGAUUUAACAUAAAACCUGGGUUGGGAAAUGAUUCAGUCAAAACCCCCUGUGUGAAGAUGAGUGUGCAUAUUAGAAGCAUGCGUACAGUGGGGCAUGGCUUAGAGGGUGGUUCUGGAGGGCCAGUCAACGACACAGUGGUGCGCAGUGCUGAGGAGAAGACAGCCGAGUAUGCCGUUUUCGCCUUAGUGCCUAUCUUCUGUGUGAUGGGCUUGCUGGGUAUUGUGAUCUGCAACCUCUUGAAGAAGAAAGGAUGCCGCUGCAAUGCCGAGAAGGACGCGGUUGAUGCAGAAGCUGCCGCACCUGAGAGAGAAGUACACAACUGUUGUAUUGAUUAUGCUGACCUGAAUGAAGACACUAUCGGUGUUCUAGUCCGCCUGAUAACUGAGAAAAAAGAAAAUGCUGCUGCAUUAGAAGAACUGCUGCAGGAGUAUGAGAGCAAAGAGAUGGCGCUGAACAAAGUCUCAUCAGUCAAGUUUCCAAUGCUGUCUCCCCUGUCCUCAUUCUGCACCCUUCCCAGACUUUGCCCCCAUCAGUCACACCUCCACACAAUCUCCGGCCUCUCUGGAUUAGGACUAAAGCACGACUACCGUUGCUCCCGAUGUGCCCAAAAAAAAUGGCCCACUCUCCUCAUACCCCCUCUGGAUUCCCUUAGAGAUCCCUGUAAACCCCCACAGACUCUUCUCCUUUCCUCCCGGAAAGCAUCCACUGAACAGAAGAGAGCCCCCCUGCUGACAGGAAUGUCUGUUAACACUCCACGUAUGCAACCUGUGAUGCCAAAUACGGUGCAGGAGACCGUGGAGGGCAAUGAAGCAAAGGAAUGGACUGAGGGGGGCUUGAAAGUUCUGUCUGUGGGAAGAUUUCAAGUGGCUCAGAUUCCUGAAUACAAACCAGUCAUAGAAGAAACGAGGGCCCCAGUCCAGGAGCAACGUAAAUCCUUUUUUGGUGGGAUUCAGUUUUCGUCAUCUACAUUAGCAGGCCUCAUGAGGUGCUAUGCUAAGCGCUGGCAACCAGGGUACGUCCACCCCACCGGCAAGGGACAGCAAGCCCUACCCAAGGCUCUGAGGGCCCCAAGAGGCCCCGUCGACGACCCCACCAGCAGGGGGGCAGCAGCGGUCGCAGCGGCCCAGAGAGGCGGACAGGGCGGAGACAGACCAAGGGGACAGAAGCGCACCCCCCUCUAA